AAGCAGAUGCAUUCUCUGAAAGUCUAUUGAGCAGCAAGUAGAGAGCAAACAGGCAAAACAGAGACAAGGAGAUGAAUAGGAGCCCUUAAUUAAAGGGAACAAAAGAAAAUGUAGUGCUGAUACACAUGUACCUGAAAGAGAUGCAUCAACCUAGAAGGAACCUGGAAGGGAAAAUUCUCUGAGAGAUUCCAGUCUGAAAAUACAUCCUCGGCAGGGCCAGAGAGGGGAGCAACGCCCUUCACAAAGAAAGAACGAGAGCAAUGAAUAUUACAAAGGAAGGGGAAGGAGUGAUGUCCUCAGCAGAAGAGUUAGGCAGAGUGAUACCUUUGGCCAACCAAGGCAGUAAAGUGACAGCCAAAGUGGAGCAAGGAGUUUUCUGCCAUGCAUCCUUUGAAGGCAUGUCUUCUGAGGAUGCAUUUAUAAUGCCUGCACUAGCACAAUUCAGGAGGACAUCAACUGACAAGACACCUCUGCCUGAGGCCUUGGACACACAAGAUUCUAUGAAGCAGUUUUUGUCUGAUCGGAUCUUAAAGGCAGCUCGAGUGGUGUAUAGUGCACUGAUGGAGAGGAACCCAGGUUUAAUCAGAGACAGGAAACAUCACCUAAAAACCUACAGACAGUGUUGCAGUGGGAAGGAGCUUGUUGACUGGCUAAUGAAGUUGAAUGACUGUUCCCAGUCCCGUAGUCAAGCAGUUGGCAUGUGGCAGGUGUUAGUGGAUGAGGGCAUUAUUGUAAAUGUGAAGCAAGAGUUGAACUUCCAUGACAAAGACACACAGUUUUACCGAUUUAUGGAGACAGAGUUUGAUCUGAAUAAAUCAACCAGUGAAAAGGACUCAAAAGAAGAUGAGCUUCAAGAAGGUCUAUCGCUCCUGGUCCAGAUGGGCCCGGAUGCUCUUCUGAAUAUGAAACUCCGCAAAUGUCCUAGUCAAAGGUCAGCUGAGGAUGUGGACGUCAUCUACGAGGAGCUUCUGCAUGUCAAAGCUGUCGCUCAUUUAUCUACUUCUGUGCGCAAAGAACUGGCCGCAGUGCUUGUAUUUGAGUCCUAUGCCAAGGCAGGCACAGUAUUGUUCAGCCAAGGAGACAAAGGCACAUCCUGGUACAUCAUCUGGAAGGGGUCUGUUAAUGUUAUCACACAUGGCAAGGGCUUGGUUACCACCCUGCAUGAAGGAGACGACUUUGGCCAACUUGCUUUGGUGAACGAUGCUCCUCGAGCUGCCACCAUCAUACUGCGGGAAGACAACUGUCAAUUUCUCAGAGUAGACAAGCAAGAUUUUAUUCGAAUACUCAAGGAUGUGGAGGCAAAUACAGUGCGUUUGGAAGAACAUGGAAAAGUUGUCCUUGUCCUUGAGAAAAGCUCAGGCCAAGAGGCACUUCAUCAAGGAGGAAACAGCAACAAGUAUACAGUGAUGUCAGGAACACCAGAGAAGAUUCUUGAACAUGUCCUGGAGACAAUAAAACUGGAUACCAAUGGUUAUGAUCCCAUAGACCCAUGUGUUAGUGACUUUCUUCUCACACAUCAAGUAUUCAUGCCCUCUGCACAGCUCUGUGCUGCAAUUCAGCAUCACUACCACACUGAGUCUUCUGAAGGCUCUGAACUGGAAAAAGCGGCUUAUGCUCUUAACACCAAGCAGAAAAUUGUGAAACUGGCGAGCAUGUGGGUUGCAGUCUGCUGCUCACAGCUGAAGGAAGACCCUGUGGCCUUCCACUUCCUGGAGAAACUGAAAGAAGAGGUGAUGGAUGACACAAGACUCUCACGCAUGCUCAAAGAACAGCUGAGGGAUAGAAGAAAACCAAGAGUGUCAGAGAACGGAUGCCAAACACUUAUGAAGUCGAAUCAAAAAUUUGAUUGGUUUGCAACUUACGAGGAGCCUUUUGGGAAGUGCCAUCCAAUCAGAGCUCAAGACAAAGUCUUGUAUGAAAUUUUCACACCCAAGCAAAAUGCUGUGACAUUGAUGCUGCCUGUGAACUGCUCAGUGCAGGACAUUAUGGAUGCUAUGGUGAACCCAGGUGAAGACCAUGUGGUGGUCAAAAUGAACUCUUCAGGAGAGAGAGUUCAACUCAAGCUGGAAGCUACAGCUGUUUUCACGUCUCUGGGGUUGAACGAGAGGCUUUUCUUGUGCACAGCAUCUCAAGUGGAGCAGCUGACCCCACUGAAAGAGCAGCUUGGUCCAGAACAGAGCACUUUUGAUUUCCUUGAGCAGAUAUGCUCUAAGGACAUUGCUAGCCACAUCACCAACUAUGACUGGGAACUAUUCAUGGCCAUGCAUGAGGCAGAGCUUGUGUACUACGUAUUUGGGAAGAACAAAUUCCCAAGUGCCACCACAGCUAAUCUGGAGCGAUUUGUGCGAAAUUUCAACAAAGUGCAGUAUUGGGUGGUGACUGAACUCUGCUUGUGUGAGGACCUAAUGAAGAGAUCAAUGCUGCUCAAGAAGUUCAUUAAAAUAGCAAUUGUGUUGAAGGAGCAGAAAAACCUGAACUCAUUCUUUGCAGUGAUGUUUGGCCUGAGUAACAGUGCAGUGCAGAGGCUCUAUAAAACAUGGGAGAGAUUGCCAAGCAAAACCAGAAGGUUCUACUGUGCUUACGAGAGGUUACUGGAUCCAUCCCACAAUCACCGAGCAUAUAGACUAGCUGUGGCCAAACUCAACCCACCAUACAUUCCCUUCAUGCCUCUGCUAUUAAAAGACAUGACGUUCAUCCAUGAGGGCAACAGGAAUUUCACAGAAAAUCUGGUUAACUUUGAGAAAAUGCGAAUGAUUGCCAAGACAUUGAAGAUAGUUCGGGAUUGUAGAAGCCAGCCUUAUGUGCCUUCAUCCCCCCAAAAGGGAUUCACAGAAAGAAUGUUCCUGGAGUCUCCUGCUAUACGAGUAUCUACAUAUUCCGAGCAGUCGCUGAAUUUACGUAGCAUCACCAGCAUUAGCCACUACAUCCAGAACCUUACAGUCAUUGAUAAUCAAAAGAAACUGACGCAGCUUUCCAGAGCCAUAGAGCAUUAAAUGUUGACAAACACAUGCUGUUCUUUUUAAAUAUCCAGCUCCAUAUUAAAGGAGGAAAUCACAGCCAGUUUUAGAAUGUAGAGGAAUCCAUGAUGACCUGAACUGGGAUUGAUGGUUGGAGAUGACUCUUUAUAAAUGCAUUCUCAUAUUAAUGCAUCAAUGCAGAAAGGCCCUAUAAAGCCUUAAAUGUAAUACCCUCUUUGAACAGCUGUACUCCUUUGUAUAAUGUGUAUGACUGCACUUGUAAACUUUUGUAUAAAUGUUAAGUUCAUUGAAAGAAGAAAUGGGAGACCAAUAGAUGGUACAAGAGUUGUCAAUUACUAGCCUAUUUCAGAUACAUUUCAAAUAAAAUGUCUACAUUAUAUUUUUGCUAAAUAAAUUAUAAAAAUUCUGUUUA